CUACAGCUGCAGGCUCCGCUCCGCCCGUUCCCGCUGUUGGCGGCGCUGUGAGCGGAGCGGCUGAGCGCACCGGGCCGGGCCAGCAGGGGGCGACGGCGGCCCCGGAGCGCGGCGUGCAGGAGCGGCGGGUACCGGAGGGAAGAGCCGGGCCCACGGGCAGCUCCGAUGCGUUGAUCCACGGGGCAACGCCGCCACACAGGGCCGGGAUUGUGUUACACGGGAGCAGCGGAGGCCGCGGGGAGCAGCGGCGGAGGAACGGAGCGCUUUGUGCGGGGGGAAGCGCGGAGGUGAGAUAACGAUGGAUGCGAUCUUAUCCCGCUUAAAGCAGCUCAGCCCCGAUGAGCUUAGAGAGGAACUUGUCAGAGCAGGGCUGAAGUGUGGGCCCGUCACCUCCACUACCAGGUUUAUCUUUGAGAAGAAACUGGCUCAGUUUUUAUUGGAGCAGCAAGGAACGUUGGAAGGAGAAGGGUCUGCAUGGUCAGAGGAGGCUGCUGGGAGCGCCCUGUCUGAUGGCACCCACCCAGCCUUGAAAACUACUGCAGCGAAUCACAGCCAUCAUGUGUCUGAAGAGGUCGACUUUGGGUACUGUGUGGGUUUGAACCCUCCAGAAGAAGAAGCUGUGGCACACACAAACUGUUCAGCUCCAGUCAGUGGGGCAGGAUAUGGUGGCUCACAAGGCAGCGCUCAGAUGCCGUCCAGAGAUCCUCCACUGUACUAUGGCGUUUGCCCGGUCUAUGAUGACAUACUGGCAAGAAAUGAGAGAAUCCAUGUUUAUGAAGAUAAGAAGGAAGCUCUCCAAGCUGUUAAGAUGAUUAAGGGUUCACGAUUUAAAGCGUUUUCAAACAGAGAAGAUGCUGAGAAAUUUGCUAAAGGAAUCUGUGAUUACUUUCCAUCUCCAAGCAAGUCCUCUCUGUGUUUGUCUCCGAUGAAAACAGGACCACUUAACAGAGAUGGCUUAUGCUCACUGGAGAUGGAAACUGCUAACAAGGAAAGGGCCAACAGUUACAAAAGUCCACGUACCCAGGAUCUUACUGCUAAGCUUCGGAAAGCUGUGGAGAAAGGAGAUAUAUCAACAUUUUCAGAACUUAUUUGGAGUAAUCCUCGCUAUCUUAUUGGAUCUGGGGACAAUCCAACAGUUGUACAGGAGGGAUGCAGGUACAACGUCAUGCACGUCGCUGCCAAGGAGAACCAGCCUGCUAUCUGCCAGCUGUUAUUGGACACCCUGGAAAAUCCUGAAUUCAUGCGGCUUAUGUAUCCAGACGAUGAUAACACAAUGCUAAAGAAUCGCAUCCGAUACAUUGUUGACCUUUACCUUAAUACACCUGAUAAAAUGGGAUUUGAUACUCCGUUGCAUUUUGCCUGCAAGUUUGGGAAUUUGGAUGUUGUUAACGUGCUUACGUCACACCCGGCUAUUGUGAAAAACCCCAGGAACAAAUAUGAUCAGACUCCAGCAGAAGUGGUUUGUGAGAGAAGCAAGAAUAAGUCUGCAGAAUUGAAAGAAAAACUGAGAGAGUACUUGAAAGGUCGAUACUACGUACCACUGCUGAGAGCAGAAGAUAAUUCCUCAGCUCCUGUCAUUGGUGCACCAUGGUCACCAGAUCAGACAGAUGAGAGUCCUCAGGCAGCUCUGUCCAAAUAUAUUGGCAGCCCCAAGGAUCCAGUGUUGUCCAUACGAGCUUUCGCAGGCCCCAUGAGUCCGUCCAAGGCUGAAGAAUUUCGCAGGCUGUGGAAGACUCCACCCCGAGAGAGAGCUGGCUUCUUUCACAACGUCAGGAAGUCUGAUCUGGAAAGAGGUGUUGAAAGAGUUGGAAGGGAGUUAGCUCAUGAACUGGGGUUCCCGUGGGUUGAAUACUGGGAAUUUCUGGGCUGUUUUGUUGAUCUGUCUUCCCAGGAGGGGCUGAGAAAAUUAGAAGAGUACCUGAGCCAUUGGGAAAUGAGCGAAAAGGCUCAGCAAGAAACAGGGGAAAAUGAAACCUGCAACAGAUACAAAACACCACAUCCUUCUGGCAAGAGUAAAAAGUGCUGCAAUUCUAUUUCUGUGGGAGCGUUUUUGGAUGAGGAUGACGAUGACAUGAGCUUAGAAGAGAUUAAAAACAGGCAAAACGCAGCACGGAAUAACAGCCCGCCUGUUGUACUGAAGGAACCCAGCAUUGAUGCUAUUGGGGAUGCUGAGUGUGAGAUCUUGUCAAGGGAGCGUACCAGAAACAUCAUAGAAACAUCAGCUCAGCCCAGGCACUACGAGAAGGGGGUUUCUUCCAGCAGAAAUGGAUUUUGUAAUCCUGUGGCCACUGAAAGGAUAAUUGGUGACAGAAAGCACAUGCACGAUGGAGAAGAUUGCCUUGUAUCACCUGUUUGCAACUUAAUGUCAGAAUUUGAAAGCUUAACAUUCCAGCCACAAGCAGGCACGGGAGAAUCGAAUACCAUCAGUGAAAAAAUGAAGAACGAGAGAAUUCUGCCUGAGAGAACAAGACAGGGUCGAAUACCCAAGGACUGGCUGGAUAAGAGCUGCUACGCUGUUUCACCAGUGAGUUCUUCAGAGUCAAGUGUUACAGGGAAACCUGGAGAGACCAAGUUAAGGACAGAACAUAAAGUGCAGUCAGAAAGGGAAAGAUUGUCCGUGGAAUCUGGAAUCCAGACUAAUGAGGCACAGCAGUUUCAGGAACCUCCUGCCCAGAAAUUUCUCUUGAAGACUUCACCCACAAAUGAGAGCUCUAAGAAAUUAUUUCUGCUUGGGGAGCAUCCAUCCAAGCUGGACAGUGAUGUCUUAGCAGCUAUCGAAGCAGUACAGAUCGAUCCUCAGAAGUACCCUGCCAUUUACAGAUGGAAACACGAGGUGCAGUCCUACUCUUCAGCUGACAGGCAAAGUUGGCCAAGUCCAGCACAGAAGGGAAGAUUCAGGUCCCAAAGCACAGCUGCUGGCCCACCAAAUGCUUCAGUGUAUUCUAGUCCAGGAAGGAACAGUCCCAUGCCGGGAAGUCCAGGGAAACACGGCAGUGCUGCCUCAUUCUCUCCAGACCUUGGGAGCCCUGGCCGCUACAGUCCUGCCUCUGUCAACCACUCUAUGUUAAAACUACGUUAUUUUUCAGAGCCUUCUGCCCACUAAACUAUGAUUCAUUUUCCUGACACUUUAAUUGAAUUUUCUUUGUUAGAGUGAAGGAAAAAGAAUUACAAUGCUACUCAAGUGACACGAAGUUUGCACUUGGCUAUUUAUUUUUCCUCAAUUGAGGACAAAUGUAUGUUACAAAAACUGAAUAUAUGUCUUUAUGUCAUAUAGGAGAUGACAGAUUCCUGGCGCUAUACAACAAGUUAGUGAGGUCAGUGCAGUUGUCCGGUAGCUGUGGAUUUUCCCUUCUUGCCCACAGAGCAGUGAGCUGAACCUUUUCUUAGAGCUGGUGGUAUUUCACUAUCGCCUGCUGUCGUUAGCACAACGACCGCAUUAGCCCUCAGCGACUUUGCUUUGCUUGGAUAGGCUGAAAGAAGCACAUCAGGAAAACCUUAUGAGAAGAAAUUAAUGGCAAAGAUGUGAAAUGUUUUGCUUGCAGGGGGUGAUGUGCAGCCAGAAAAGCCUACAACAGAGCCUGGGUGGUGACAGCAUUCCAGGUUGGGGUACCAACAUGGAACCCUUCCACAUAACCAGGAAGGAGGUGUAACAGCCAGCAGGCUGAUGGAGGCAGUUGAAUACACACACAUAUAUGCACACAUACUUCUAGAUGUAUGCAUGUAUUUACACAGCAAACCUUGAGGCUUAACUUAACUUAACCCAAGACUGUUAAUGAACACCUUGAUGUAAGGAAUGUUUUAGUAAAAGGGCACUGUAGAAAUACUGGUAAUCCUUUCAGUGAUAGUUUUGAAGACUUAAAAUUAAAGUUAGUUGCUUUUUCCCCACAGAAGCUUUUCUUGUUUGCAGAAUGUAAGAAUUACUUAUUAAAAGCACAUCAGCAAUAAUUUCAGCAAGUUUACCAGUGACGUACCUUAAUGGUGUCGUCUGCAGUGCAGCACAGGGCUGUCCAGUGACUCGUGCUAUGGCUCCUGAGUUCCCAGCUGCUAAGAGAGGACAACAGCUACUGGCCUACACACCUCAGCUGUCACCGUGUCUCCAGUUGAUGUGGUAACCCAUUUCUGUUACUCCUUCUUUAGCCUCCUGAAAGAGUCCCUCACUCACUCUGACUGUACACUGCUGAGGUUUUAGAACUCAAAGGGAGCUUUCUGUAUCAAAGAAAGGCAACCAGUCUUAUCCUCACAACAUAGAAACUAACCAGAAAAAUCAAUUAAAACCUGCCAGCCGUGCUCUAGUUUAGUUAAAAGGUUGGGUCAGGAUUCACUGGUGCCCCGGAGUCAAAGUAACCUUCCUAGGUUACUUCAUAACCUAACCCUACACCGAAGGAGACAGUAAGUGCAGGCACGAUGCCAUCACGCAGCACUGGGUCCCUUUGCCCCAGGGGCUGAGCACAGAGGCAGAGCAGCAGGAGCCACACACUGCUGGGUUUGAAGGCAGCAGCGACUGUCCCACACACCCUUAACAGGGUCCUUAUUUGGUAGAAACCUAAAAAAUGCAUUUAAUGCUUUUGCAGGCUUAACAGUGCCUUUUGUAACAUACAUUUUUAAUUACGCUUUUGUUCUUUUAAAAGUGGAGCCGUGUCGUCCACUCACUUACAGUGGAGCACACAAAAUAGUUUUUUCUUCUGGGAUUUCUGACCUGAAGACAUUUUAACGUCUCUAAGUUUAUUUGGUGCAACAGGUCUAAAAAACAUUCAUGUUUUAGAAAUUAUUAAAAAAACCUACCACUUAUUGAGAUCCUUUAUUCUAGAAGCCUUUUUCCAAUGAUCCGGAGAUGGGGAGGAGCCAUGUACCGCAGGCUGCCGUUUGGUGGUACUUGUGGCACCCAGCUCUGCUGUGGGGGUUGUUCUUGAGCAGACACUUAAGAAAAACACACCUUGCUACGCUGCUGUGAGUCAACUGACCUCCCCCAUGCUGUUGGUGUUUGGUUUGAGGUCUCUCUGCUCUCCGGGUGCUUUGGAGGGGCUCAGACCUACAGCUUUAGUUUUAAAAGGUGUGGGAGGGGGCUGGUUGUUUUUGAGAAUGAAUUCAAUGUAAGUGAUGUCACCUGGCAUAGAGAAAUAAUUCCACUGCUGAGUGGAAAGAAGACCCGGCAAAUUCCUGCCCUAAGCCGGGCACACACCCGGCCCUGCUCCAUUUCUCACAGGGCAACAUGGUGCUUUUGUGGUCUGUCAGAGCCAGCAGGGCAGCACCAACACACACAGAAGCACUUUUUCCUUUUGGUCCUUCUUUUUUUAUGUUUUUGAAGAUUUCUUUUUUUACUAUUUCAAUGUAUAUCAAUCACUGCUAUGUACGUACGUGUGUAACACCAGGCCAGGCAGGGCACCCCCCGACCCCACAGCACUUCCCACCAACCCCUGCCUUCCACUUUGUAAUUUCCUUUGGUUCAGCCCAGAGUAUUUUUUUAAUGGCCACACGGUUUGCAUUCCUCCAGUUGUACCGCGUUUUAACAGGUCGUUUUUCUAACAAACAAUGUAUUUAAUUCAGCUAUUUUUUAAAAGGAGCCGUUUAUGUAGCGACUGAUCGCUCACAGUUGUCAAGAAUGGAACUUGUGGAGACACUGGAUCAGAUUGGGGUUGCUUCAGUUCACUUCUAAAGGUGCAAAAGAUCAGGGGUGGUUGUUUGCUUGUUUCAAUUAGCCAAGUGUCACGUAACACACACAGUUACCUUGCUUUCUAUUCAAAAAUAAACCAGUGCUCAAAGUGUCA